AUAAAUGAAUUUUGGUUACAUGCAUCUUGAGAUUAUUUUUACACAAAUUUUCUCCAAGUCAAUAACUAGAAAAGGAAUAAGCCCAAUAAGCUCAGUCUGUCCUUUGUAAGCCGAAGGAUAACCCAGCUAUAUAGAAGAACAUAAAUAAAUAAACAAACAAACAAACAAUACUUCAAAUACCUUAAAUAAUAAAUUGUAUUCCUCAAUGAUUUAACAUGUUGUUUAUUUAACUUUCCAAGACUUGAUUUGAUGCUCAGCAGAGAGCAACAAGUCCAUCCCACAGUUUGACACCCAAACACUGACACACAUCAUGUUAGAAUAAACCAGAAUAAACAGACAGGAACAUAAAACAUCCAGCUCAGGAUGAGCCAGAGGAGGAAGGAGAGCAGUGGGAUCACGUGACCUCGUGUCCACCGUUACAAGACAGAAACAUAUAUUAAUAAAGGAACAAUGGUGGGACGAGGCUUAAAUCGCUGUCUCAGUGAAUCUGGGUGUCUGUGUAGUGUGGAGAUCCUCCGCGACACUCCUGAAUCAUCAGGCUCCCUCUGCAUUAAUAACAUUUUCACAUCUUCGCCACUUAAACACGCCGAACCGGUUGUUGCGUUUAAUCCGGCGGGUUAUUUUUAGUGCUCACUUCACUAAAUAUAACCCGCCUCGAUCGUUUGUCAUCGCGUCACAACAUGUAACAUUAUCCCUCUUUUUUUUUUUUUUUUUUGUCUUCCCCACUGAGUUGGACGAGAGGUGUCGGGUUUGAGGCUAUAUAAAGGAGGGACGGACACCGGGGCGGGACACUCACCAUCCUGACCGGAGCCUGCAGAGUUGGCUUCAUCAGCGUCAAAAUGAGUAUUUGGUGCCACUCCUGCAAAUGUCACGUCUCCGCUCCGUGCACCUCUCACCAUCUGCCCGAAGAUCACCGCAGCUCCUUCUGCAGGAGGCACAGAUCCACCAAAGGAGCGUCCAAAGCCCGGCGGGACCACAUCAAUCACGAGAUCAGGAACAUGCGCGCCCUGCUGCCCGUCACCCAGGAGGACCAGGAGCGCCUCUCCUACCUGCACUCCAUGGCCGCCAUCUGCACCUACAUCAGGAAGUCUGUUCUCUUCCAGGGGCUCCCGGCUGGAGAGAGAUCACUCUGCUGUCUGCCGUACGAGGCCUUUCUCCAAGCCCUGCACGGCUUCAUCCUGGUCACCACCGCCCAGGGGAGGCUGGUGUAUGUGUCCGAAAACGUGUCAGAAUAUCUUGGAAUUUCGAUGAUAGACGUUCUUCAAGGGGACACUGUCUAUGACAUGGUGGAAAGCUCCGAUGUUGCUAUCGUUAAAUCAAACCUGGACACUGAAAACAACUCAUCAUCGGAGAGGAGCUUUAUAUGCUGCAUGCAAACCUCCAAGGCCUUCAAGCUGCAGCACGGCAGCUGCUGUUCCAUGCUGGUCAGAGGGAGCUUCCAGGCUUUCCCUCGGCCCGGCCCCGUCUCCUCCUCGCUCCGUCCCGCCAGCCAGCCUCUGUUCGUGGCACUCUGCACCCCCACAGUCAACCGCCUGCCGAGCUCCGACCCCAGCUUCUGUCGCAGCUUCACCAGCGUCCACGGACUUGAUAUGACCUUUACUCAGGCGUCAGACAGUGUUUUAUAUUUUUUGGGGUAUUCGGCAGAAGAAAUUACCGGCAGAUCGUGGUACGGUCUUGUCCACCCUGAGGAUCUUUCCUUGAGCGCAGAUUCUCACAGAAGUUUGAUGCAGGCAGAUGAGGGCCUCCGGGUAGAGACGGUGCUGAGGCUCCAGUGCAAGGAUCUGUCAUGGGCCUGGAUCUACACUCAAGCUAACAAAGGCCCCGAGUGCGAGGGCGUCAGCUGCACAAACUUCAUCAUCAGUGAAACAGAGGCCAGAUUCCUGAGGAAGAAAACCAGCAGCGAUGCCUUCAGACCAUCAUCUCGGACAAAUUCCUGCAAUUUCGCAGCUCAACAGGCGCCCCGCAGUCAGAGUUACAGCAGCGGUAAAUGCUUUAAAAGGCAGAGGAUGUCUGACAGCCAGAGCGAGGAGUCGCCAGCUGCCAGAGCCAGGAUGGACUCCGAGCAAGAUAUAUACUAUGUGGCGUGCGCCUCCUCUCAAGGCGAUGGCUCACCUGUUCCCCUGGGUGACAGCCACGCUUUCUUCACCCCUCCCUACAGCCCGGCCUCCCCCUCCAGCUCCCCUCUGCAGCAGGAGGAGCUCAGCCAUGACCUCCUGAUGGAUGUGCAUGGAUACACAGAUCAGCUGAUGUCCUCCCCUGAGGGCUCUCCCUCCUAUUACUCCUACCCAGAGGCAGGGCUCACCUGUCACCAGUCUCCCUCCGACUCCCUCCCUGCAGCCGCAGCUGAGCAAACCUUUGACCAGGCAGCCCUUGGCGCGCUCACUCGCUCUUCGCUCUCAUCCUCCUCACCCACCUAUGAUUUCCAAGCUUGUAAAUCCGAUGCUCGAUUAGUUCCAGACUGCCUGUCUGUGUCCGACAUGUGUGAGGGUCCGGUGGACUGUGCUCUGCAUCAAGACGACUUCGGCCUUCUGGAGCAGCCACAAGAGGGCGGCCUUGUCCAAGCGCAUCAUGUUCCCCACCACGUGUUGCCCGUUCCCUCCAGUCUUCUCACACCCAACCAGUCUCCCGCAUCCACAGAGUCCGGCCACUACAGCGAGCGGGAACAGGCAGAGAUCAGUAUCCUGGCGCAGCAGAUCUCCUCGCUGGCCAGCAACUUUGCCAUGUAUCACAGCCUGAACCCAACACAACCCGGGUUAGGGGUAGGGACCACCGUUCCUCCUGCCUGUGACUGGCCCCGUCACCCUCCUCCUCUUAAGCGUGAGCUGGACCUCGACGACUGUGUGUUCGACAGCAUCCUCAAAGACCUGGACAUGGUCACAAGGAAAAGCAGCUUGGCCGAGCCUGCCGCUGCAGCGUGCAGCUACCAGCAGGGCUUGUUGGGCAGCAGGAGUGGGUCCCAGCAGUUGGAGCAGGAGCUGACCAUCCCAGACGAGACGCUCCCAGUCAUGGACGCCUUCAGUCUGCAGUUGGGACGUCAUGACCAAAUAACUGGGUUGCAUCAACUCAACCACUAUAUGCAGAGUGGCCUUCAGCAAGAUGAAGUAAACCUGUACUGAAAUAAGUCCGUGACUUACUGUACAACCACUUGUAUGACAUAUUGUCAGGGCAAUCUUCCAUCGCUGGACUCAAAGAGGAAUGUGAGCAACGACAUUUAAAGGACAACUUUGCUCAGACAGUGUUUCCCCCAAAUGACUUAUCUCUGAAUGUAGAACAGAAUGUAAAGUAGAAUAAGACCGCAGCUUUGUCUUCAUUUCUCAACACUGCUGUCGACCGUCUCCUCUGUUUCGCUGAUGUCUUCUAUUUUAUGAAAAGGGUACUUUUUUAAAAAAUGUGUCCGACCGACAGCGGAGGUAUAUUUUUCUUCUAAUGCUGAGUGACCACAGUUUACUAUUGAGCACUUUAUCAAUGUCAUCGCCACAAGAAUUUUAUAAAUGAGGUGUGCUGAUUUAAAGGAAGAAUACCUAGAUUUAAGAUGAGCUUUAACACAAAAAUCAUUCCUUGUAACAAAGAGCCAUUUGUAAACAUUUGGUUUUUAGGUGCCUUGAAAACAUGUAGGGGAGACGUAUCAGUUCCCUCUCUGGUCUCAUUGUUCUCAGUGUGCCAUAAAUACAUUAAUCAUGCUGUUACGAAUGAUAGUCAGCAAGAAACUGAUGAUUGUUACAGAAACACCUACCUCAACAGUACAUCUUAACACAUUCCGCGUCUUAUUAGUUAAUUAUAUUUAUUUUGAGCACACUAACUUCUUUCUCUCACUUAACUGUGUUAAAAAUGUUUUACUUUGCCACAAUGUGAAUCUUAAACUUAUGUUUAUUCAUUCCAAAUGUCUUUUUUUUU